UCUUGUAAUAUCAGUAUAAGAAUGCAAAUCACUUACUACACAUAACAUAAUUUAAUAACUGCAUUCAUGAUUUAUGUGCAUCAUCCUCAACUGUAUAAUUCAAGUCAACAUCAAGAAACUUUUGAAAAUUCCUUUCUUUCUCAGCAAUACAUGCAAUUGGGUUGGGACCCCCUCGCACCAUUGACUCAGAACUUCUUUCUUUACUUUUUCCCUUCUUGGCGGCCACCAAAACCCACAUUGUCUUAUUGAUUGUUUCUCCAAGAAAAGAGACGAUCUUCCGGAGGAGCAAGAAUCAGCAGAUAUGCAUAUUAAUUAGAGAGAAAAGGGUUGUUAAGAGAGAGAUAGAAGAUGGAGAAAAGAUUAUCAGAUGCAGCCUUACAAGGAAACGUAACAUCGUUGGUACAAAUUUUGGAAGAAGAUCCACUGAUCUUGGACAAGCUCAUAGUCUCCUGCAUCUCCGAAACCCCGCUCCACACCGCCGCCACGCUUGGCCACCUCGACUUCCUCAAGGAACUGCUCAGCCGCAAGCCCGAGUUGGCGGCCGAGUUGGACUCAUGCGGCUGCUCUCCGCUGCACCUGGCGGCGGCCAAGGGCCACGUGGAUGUCGUCAAGGAGCUUCUUAGCGCCGGUGGGGAAGUGGGCUUGGAGAGGAACACGGACGGAAGGACCGCCCUGCAUGUGGCGGCGAUUAAGGGGAGGGCAGUGAUACUGGCUGAGCUGAUCCGGGUCAAUCCCGAGUUGACCCGAGUUCUGACGGACCGAGGGGAGACGGGUUUGCACCUGUGCGUGAAGUGGAAUCGGUUGGAGGCGUUGAAGUUGUUGGUUGAGGAGAAUGGGAAAGAUGGGGAAUUGGUGAAUUGGAAGGAUUGUGAGGGGAAUACUGCUCUGCAUAUUGCUGUGGCCAAGAAGCAUAUUGAGCAGAUCAUCAACUGUUUACUUACAUUGAGUGGCUUGGAAGUGAAUGCUUUGAAUAAGAGUGGGUUGACAGCUUUGGAUAUAUUAAGACAAAGUCCUCGGGACCUCAGAGACAUGGAAAUUGAACUCGCGCUUCGCAAGGCCGGAGCUUCAAGCGUUAAAGAUCUGCACUUAAUCACCGAUGACUGGAUCCCACAAAAAGCUCGGCAAAUGACCAAAAGGCUGUCCUCUCAAGAAACCAGAACAAAGAAGCCAGUUGUAAAGCACAAGUCCACAGACUGGCUUGGGAGGAAGCGCAGUGCACUAAUGGUGGUGGCGUCUCUGAUCGCAACGGUGGCAUUUCAGGCCGGACUAACCCCACCAGGCGGUGUUUGGCAGGAUAAUUACACGGUAGACGACAAGGGGAAUCCAGUCAACGAUCCUCACUCUGUUGGGCAAUCAAUCAUGGCGUAUCAAGAGCCCAAAUCCUACGGCAUAUUCAUGAUUUUAAACACGAUUGCAUUUCUCUCCUCACUAAGCAUAAUCCUCCUCCUCGUCAGUGGGUUGCCUAUGAGACGAAGGCGUUGGAUGUGGGUUCAAAUGAUAAUCAUGUGGAUUGCAAUAACAGCCCAAGUGGGCACGUAUUUUGUCACGCUCCGGCACAUGUCGCCAAACGAUGUCGAGGGUGUGCUGCGUGAGGUCACCGAGAUAUCAGUGUUGACAUGGCUGACGCUUAUGGUGGUUGUUUUCAUGGGAAACGCUGUGAGAAUGAAUUUGUGGGUUCUGAGAAAGUAUGGAUACAUUAAGGAAAAGGAGAUACAGACAGAAGGUAUUGAGGAUGAUGAAGAAGAUAUGUUGGAAUAGCUUUAAGAGCAUCAUAGUUCAUGAAGAGUUUAUAAUUGUCUGGGUACUUCACUGGAUUUGUUAAGAUUUUGAGUGGUGAAGGUGGGAUUUGAUGUGAGUAUCAGAAUUUGUGUGCAAGAUAGAAGGAUUGAUAUGGUUGGAUGAGCGACACUUUUUUUGGUUUAUUUAUUAGAAUUGAUGAAUAUUUCUUAACUCAGGUUGGUUUUGGAUGUCCAUUGUACAGUCUACGUACGUUUGUAUUCAUACGAAACGUUGAAUCAUACAUGAUGAUGCUCGGUACAAUCACGGACCAUGUGAGGGGCAGUGCCAAACCCAAUUUGCAGGUGUAUGUAUAUAUGUCAGGUGUUUGUGUUGGA